UCACACGUAAAGUUGAGCCCGCGGGACCCGGCGAGCCGGCUGCUGGCUUCUAAUUGGCUGGGGCGAGCGGUGGCCGGAGCCGGCGGAGGUGGUGUGCUCGCACUCGGUGGCGGUCAGGAGCCGGCGGGACUGCAAGGGACACCGCGUCUCUCUUCGGGGAUCCCAGGAUCAGCGACGGGCGAGGAGGGAGCAGCGCGAACGAACCGGCCUCGGAGGCGGGCCAAGGUCACGAGCAGAGUGGGACGCGAGGGCACCUCGGCCUGGCCUUCCCGGAAGACUCUGGAAAAAAUCACGAUGUCGACCAACACGGACCUUUCCCUUUCUUCGUACGACGAAAGUCAGGGGUCUAAGUUUAUUCGGAAAGCUAAAGAGACACCGUUUGUCCCCAUUGGAAUGGCAGGCUUUGCAGCAAUUGUUGCAUACGGGCUGUACAAACUGAAGAACAGGGGAAAUACAAAGAUGUCCAUCCACCUGAUCCACAUGCGUGUGGCUGCCCAGGGCUUUGUUGUUGGAGCCAUGACUCUCGGCAUGGGCUAUUCCAUGUAUAAGGAAUUCUGGGCCAAGCCUAAGCCGUAGAAGACGAGCUGCCGCCUUGGACUGGGAAGUGCUUGCUUUACUUAGAUGUCUCAUAUUGAGGUUAUAUGUUUGUGUCACAAUAAAUAACGUGGGUUUAGACAAUGA